UCUGGCUCUCGGUGAAAGAUGACGGCGGUGUAAGGACCGAUAACUGAAGAUUGCAAAGGAACGAAACUGAGAACGAAUUUAGGGAGCAAGCGCUGCUUACGGAGACGUUAGGGCCCGUGAGGUCUAUAGGGACUGGGACUUGGAGCCGCUCGGGCCUGGGGGUCCUACCGCUUCGGAGAAGGCACCAUUCCCCUCCGGAAACUACAAAUCCCGUGAUGCACCGGGCUCGGCUGCAUGUUGGAAUUCGCUCUAGGGGUUCCGCUGUCGGGGGCAACCUCUUCUAAAACUUGGUCUCUACCUGUGCUACCUGUGUUCAUUCGCUUUAUGGUGGGAGGGGAGAAAAGAGCCUGGGAAAAGUGGCAGUAACCAUUAGUCCUGGAGUGUUCUGCCAUGUUGAAGCAAGCUGUGCUUAAGCUUAUCCGGGGGCCUUUGCACCAAGCCUCCUGGACAAAGUGGUGUCGGAGGGAACUUCGGCUGGAUCAUCCUGUACCUGUCACUCCACUUCACAAGGACAAUGCCCUUUCUGAGAAAAGGAGUGAGCUAAAGAGAUACUUGAAGGAUGAGAAGGGGAUCAGUGAGAAGCAGCUGAAUCAAGCCCCUGCCACCAAUCACUCUGUUGACCAUGAUGUGCCCACUGACGAAGAGAGCCUGGAUCCACAUCAAUAUUACAAGAUUCGAAGCCAGGCAGUCCAGCAGCUGAAGAUCAAUGGAGACAACCCCUACCCACACAAGUUCCAUGUGGACACCUCACUUACCCACUUUAUCCAGAAGUAUAAUCAUUUACAACCAGGUGACCACCUGACUGAUAUCACCUUGACAGUGGCAGGCCGUGUCCAUGCAAAACGGUCUGCAGGGAAAAAGCUCAUCUUUUAUGAUAUUCGAGGAGAGGGAGUCAAGCUGCAGGUCAAGGCCACGUCCAGGAAUUACAAAUCAGAAGAAGAAUUUUUUCACAUAAACAACAAACUUCGACGAGGAGACAUCAUCGGGGUUCAGGGGAAUCCAGGGAAGACCAAGAAGGGAGAGCUGAGCAUCAUUCCCCAUGAGAUCACGCUCCUCUCACCAUGUCUUCAUAUGCUGCCUCACCUUCAUUUUGGCCUCAAAGACAAGGAAACACGUUAUCGUCAGCGAUACUUAGACUUGAUCCUGAAUGACUUUGUGAGACAGAAGUUCAUCACCCGCUCCAAGAUCAUUACCUACAUAAGGAGCUUCCUAGAUGAGUUGGGCUUCCUGGAGAUUGAAACUCCUAUGAUGAACUUCAUCCCGGGGGGAGCUGCUGCCAAGCCCUUUGUCACCUAUCACAAGGAGCUGGACAUGAACUUGUUUAUGAGGAUCGCCCCAGAGCUGUAUCACAAGAUGCUGGUAGUUGGUGGCAUUGACCGGGUUUAUGAAAUUGGACGUCAGUUCAGGAAUGAAGGAAUUGAUUUGACUCACAAUCCUGAAUUCACAACCUGUGAGUUCUACAUGGCAUAUGCAGACUACCAUGAUCUCAUGGAGAUCACUGAGAAGAUGAUUUCAGGAAUGGUGAAGAACAUUACAGGAAGUUACAAGGUUACCUAUCACCCAGAUGGCCCAGAGGGCCAGGCCUACCAUAUUGACUUCACACCACCCUUCCGGAGAAUCAGCAUGGUGGAAGAGCUUGAGAAAGCUCUGGGCAUGAAGCUUCCUGAGACCAGUCUUUUUGAAACAGAAGAAACUCGUAAGAUUCUUGAUGACAUCUGUGUGGAGAGAGGUGUGGAGUGUCCCCCUCCCCGAACUACAGCAAGGCUUCUUGACAAGCUUGUAGGUGAGUUCCUGGAAGUGACCUGCAUCAACCCCACCUUCAUCUGUGACCACCCACAGAUAAUGAGCCCACUGGCCAAAUGGCAUCGCUCCAAGGACGGCCUCACUGAGCGCUUUGAACUCUUUGUGAUGAAGAAGGAAGUGUGCAACGCCUAUACUGAGCUGAACGACCCUGUGCGGCAGCGGCAGCUUUUUGAAGAGCAGGCCAAGGCCAAAGCUGCAGGUGAUGAUGAGGCCAUGAUGACGGAUGACAACUUCUGCACUGCCCUAGAGUAUGGGCUCCCGCCAACGGCCGGCUGGGGGAUGGGCAUUGACCGACUCACUAUGUUUCUUACAGACUCCAAUAACAUUAAGGAGGUUCUUCUCUUUCCUGCCAUGAAACCAGAAAACAAGAAGGAGAAUCCAGCAAACGCUGGUUUACCAGAAGGCCCAUCAAUUGUUGCCUCCAGCUAGAGUAUCACCCAUGAGAUUUCACUAUCUUUUCUGACCUCGGAAAGACAAUUCAGGGCCAAAAGGGACCGCAUACAGUUCACCCACCAAAUGUGUAUUAAGUAUGUGGGAUGUGCCAGGCAUUGUGCUGAGUGCUAGGGCCUACAAGGGCAAGAAUGAAGCAGACCCUUUCCUCCAGGAGAAGAUCCAAGGUCCCACUCUGCAGGCUGAGGAGGCGCCCUGAGGAUGGCUUUCUGCAUCCCCCUCCCCAUAAGUCCUAUUGGUCUUUUGCUGCGCUACUUCAUUUCCCCCUAACCUUGGGAUGCCCCUGUUCCAGCCAAAUCAGUUCUUUCUUGGCACAGCUGCUUUCUCAGACUCACGCAGGACCCAGUGCGACAGUGAUCAGAAAGUGGUCCUUUUUCUAUAAAGAGCCGUGAUUGGGAGUGAAAUAAUGCUUUUUCAAGAUGCAAGAAAGCCCAGAACAUCCAACAGGAGGUGUGGCACGGUAGAGAGAUGAUGGCAUUUGAAGCCUGGCUGUGGAUGCCCAGUCUGCUCCUUACCAUGGGGCAGCCUCAGGUAAGUAACUCCACUCUCUGCACCUCACGGUCCUUGGCUGAGAAAUGGCAGGAUUGUCUUCAAGCGUCCAUUCCAAUGCCAUCCAGUUUACUUCAACAAGAAGCUCUUGAGCGGCUAUUUCAUGCUCUGUGCUCGGUGCUAGGGUGGUGCAGAGGCUCCUAAGUUCUCUGGGAUGAAGGGUGCUAGUCCCAGAAGAAGAAUAUGCUGAUCAGAUUCAAUCUACUUCAUAUUCAGUCUGGCCCGCUUGUCAAAUGCUCUUAAGAGUCUGCCCAAUAUGGCAAAUCCUUAGUAAACUUUGUUUAAAAAAGAGAAAAAGAAUAACACACCAUCUGAAAAGGCUGAGAUUUGAAAUAGUUGGGGCCGCGGCUUAAUGGGUGGAUUGCUGACCUUAGAAUCAGAAAGACCCUAAUGUGAAUCCUGCCUUCCACACUUAGGCAAGUCACCUGUCCUCUCUGAUUCUUAAUUUCCACCUAUGUAAAUGGGGAUAAUAAUAGCUUCCGUCUCACAGAAGUGUAAGGAUCAUACAUGACAAUAUAGUUAAAGUGGUUUGCAAACUUUAAAAUGCCAUAGACGUGUUAGCUGUUGUUAUUUGUAAGAAGGAGGCUAUAGCCUGAAAUACAAAAAAAUGAAUUCUUCCUUUGUAUAAAACAGAAGAUUACGAGAACACUUGCAUUUUCUAGAGUGAAGGAUAGUUCCCCAAAUAUACUAUACCAUAUGAAUAGCAGAUAUAACCUAGAUGCAGAAGAAAGCUAUGGUUUUGGAAUGAACCAAAACGUGCAGUUACACACUGGAGACAAGGUUGAGGGGGCAUUUGGGAAAAAGUGCUGGGCCAGUAGGAACUCUACAUCCCCUGCUCGUCACUAGGACCUAGCGCAUAGAAGCCCAGUUAUUUCUUGUUUCUGUGAGUUCAGAGAGGGCAGAAGGUGGGUGAAAAAAGGAAGAGGGACCUAGUACCCUCUGGCCGUGUUAUCACUGUGGCUCACAAUUGGAGUCUCAUUCUUUUAAAUAUCUAUGUGCAUAUCUCUGCCUAUUUUAAGAGGCAGAAUGACACAGUGGAUAGAUAACUGGCCUCAAAUUCAGUCUACAUCAUUUUCCAAGGGAUGGUCAAACUGAGGGAUGCAGAGCAGAAGGAAUUCUCUCUGAUGUAUCUAGUCAGCCACAUCUCUCAGCUCCUGAUCUCCAGCAGUCAGCCUCUGCCCCUGGUCAGCAGACAGUGAGCUUGGGUGUGAGGUGCCCUGGGAUCUUUUGCUGUCUUGUCCAGUUGUUAGUCAUCCCCUAACAAACACCAUCCCUGGCUUACCUUCAGCAUUUACCUUAUCCUACAUCUGUGCUGUUGAACCCUUCUAGAGAAAGUGCCACAACCUUGCUGAAUGAAUUCAUUACAGAUAUAUGGUACCGAAUCAACACUAGGUUCUCACUGCUUCACAACAACACUUUUACAAAUUGACCUCAUCACACUCUACACAGGUGGAUAGAGCACUGGACCUGAGUCCGGAAGACCCACAUUCAAAUGUGGCCUUGGACACUUCCUAGCUGUGUGACCCUGGAUAAGUCUCCUCUCUUUGCCAAGAGCAUCUGCCUCCCAGGGUUGUUGGGAGGAUCAAAGGAGAAAACAUUUGUAAAGCGCUUUGCAAACAUUUUAGGGCUGUAUAAAUGCUGCCUAGUAUUCUAGGCCUCUUUUCUGCCACCCUCCCCCCAGCCUGCCUUGGCCAUAAUAACCUGAAGCAAAAUGGCCAUCUUUUCAGCAGUCUCCCCUCUCCCAAGCCAUUGAGAACUGGAGGAACUUGAAGCAGGGAAGGCCCCAGUUCAUUAGCCUCCUCCGUCCUCCUGCAUCCCAAAGUGAAGGUUGUAGGAAGCUAAAGAGUAAACUUAGGGUGUGAACACAGCCUGAGAUGGAGUUGAUUCCUUAACAACUUUUUUAGGAACAUGUUAGUUCAUAAAGUGGGGCAUACUUGAAUUUUGUUAUCUUUUGAUUUCUUGUAAAAAAUGUUAAGAGAAAACAAUUAGGUUUCAAAAAAUAAAUGCUUGGUACAUAUGGA